GUAAAUUUACAAAAGCUCGCGCGAGCGCAAACCCAGCUCAACUUCUGAGCGCGUAUUCAGUCCUCGAAACGUCUUUGACCCAAGUGUUGUGCUAGUGGAGUUGCAGACGAUGGGCACGGGAACAUGGGCCAACCAUGGUCUGCGGCGGACUUUUGGAAAAAUCUAAUCGAGUGAAGUGAAAAAAGUCAUGAAUCACUCAAAUGAGACCGAACUGACCGUCGAAGAUGUGCUGCGCUCGUUCCGGGAAGAUAAUUUUGUUGUGAUUGGACUUUAUGUGCCGGUGUUUGUUGUCGCGCUGUUGGCCAAUGUGCUCGUUAUUUGGGUCGUCAUCAAGGACCAGUAUAUGAGAAGGUUUCUGUGGUGUUACAACAGCAUUUCGCGACGUGAGGCCGUCACCAACUACUUCUUAGUGAACUUAUCUGUGGCCGACCUCUUAGUGGCACUCGUCUGUAUGCCCAAUGCGGCUUACGCCGCCUACACUUCCACCUACAGCUUCGGAGAGUACACCUGCAAAAUAUCGGCGUAUUUCCAAUGCGUCUCAGUGGCGUCGAGCAUCUUCACCAUCACCGCCAUGUCCAUCGACCGGUACCUGGCCAUCACCAAGCCCUUCGGCUUCUUCAACCGCUGCUUCAACAAGCGCAACACCGUCAUCGUCAUCCUCGUCCUGUGGCUCUUGUCCUUCGUCCUCUUCCUGCCCAUCCUGCUGGUGACCGGCACGUGGAAAAUGGACGACAUCCACCUCUUCAACAAGAGCCUGGACAUCCCGGCCUACUUCUGCCGCGAGGACUGGACCACCUACUUCGGCUCCUCGGGCUCGGAGAUGCGCCAAGCGCUCGGCAUCACCUGGUUCAUCUUCAUGUUCGUGGUGCCAGGGAUGAUAAUGCUGUUCGCCUACUCGAUGAUGAGCAGGACGCUGUGCUCGGGGGUUCCGCCCUUUGACAGCAACGAUGGGCUGUCCUGCAUGCAACAGAGAAACAGACUAAUGAGGAGCCGCAAACGCGUGGCCUGCAUCCUCCUGCUGCUGGCGUUCGUGUUCGCCGGCUGCUGGAUGCCCUACCACCUGGUGAGCCUCCUCGACGACCUGAACAACGGCCCCUACAAGACCCUCAAAAUGAACCUAGUGCUCCUCGGCCACGCCAAUUCCGCCCUCAACCCCAUCAUCUACUGCGCCCUUUCGCGCAAAUUCCGGCGCUCCAUCAAAGAUCUGAUUUGCAUCGAUAUACAUUUCACCAGACGCCGGCAAAAUAUUCAGUGGGGCGACAGUUCCGGCUCGGGCACACAACUCCAUUACUUACACAGGAUUAAAUCAGUGCCAACUGUGCAUAAUCAGCUUCAUUUCACGCUCGGACGCCUGCAGUCAAGCCAGAAAACGACCAAGACGUGCGUGGUUUGAACACCCAAGCCCUGGUUCAAUACUUGUGUGGGACACCCUGUACAUAAGCCCGUUUUGUUUCAGAAAAAUCGAAAAAUUUGGGCUCAAACAGUCAGGUUUUUCGAUUCGUCGACCAUAUCACGUAUUUUUAUACCGGCCUAGCUGUAGUUUUAAGACUUUUGUGUAAAAAUGUUUAAUGUUAUACAGGGUGAGUCAUUUGUGCGGCGUCCGAAAAUACCGACUUUCUUAACAAAAAUCACUAAACUAUUUGUUUUUGUCAUACGGGGUGUUUUGGAUAAGUGAUUUAAUUUUUUGCACUAGAAUUUGCAAUAAGGAAGUGGGUAUCGUCCAGGGCUGCUUUAUGCCCCACCCUGUAGAUAAGCAAGAUACGCUUUGCAUUUCCAACUCGGCCUCUGGCCUCUCAUCAUCACCAUUCUUGCUACUCUCUGUUCGAUGUUCAUGUCUGUGAUUUUCUUAAUGUAUUUCUGUUAUUACUAUUACUUAAUAAAUAUGUUUUUUUAUUC